CUCAAGUUGAAUAACUUCUUUGUCCGUGACUGUCUGGAUGAGUAUUUUGACCAUCAGCAUUUAUUUAGUGAGAAUUAGCAAUGUCGGCCCUUCAGAAGUUCAGAUCUCCCUUGGGAAUUACAAUACAAAGUAGAUGACCCGAAAAUCAGACGUUUCUUUCCACUCUUCAGCAUGGAUUCCCGGAACAGUGGAAUCAUUCGAUCGUCUUCAUUCUAUCUGUAAGCGGCGCAUCAUAUUAUUGUUAGUAUUAUGUCACCAUUCUAAUUUCCGUGUAUAAAUGGUUGGGAUUUUGGCUCUGAACUGAGGAAGACACCGAAUAAAGUAAAAAAGACCCAGUAGCUAUGAUUUCUGUACUGGUUUCUAAUGGACACCCUCUAUUCUCAAGAAACUCAAAAGUCCUAAAUAAUGAAAAGUUUCCUUCUUUGGUUCAUCUCAGUUCCAUUUCUUGCUCUCAGAAACACAAACAGUUAUUCAGGAACCCAACUCUCAAGUGCUCUAAGUCCGAAAUUGCAAGCACAAAAGAAGAGAGGAAUGGUGGCAGGGUAGAGAUGAUGGUCUUGUGUGGAUUCGGGUAUUGGAUUCAAGGGUUCAGGUUAUUCCCAUGGUUGGCUUUGAACUUCCACAUGGCUCAUGGAAUGAAGAUGAACCCUUCAACAUUGCAGUUUGUGCAGAACUCUGGUAACCUCCCUUUUGUUGCCAAGCCUCUCUAUGGGAUCUUGUCUGAUGCUCUUUAUAUUGGUGGUGCUCACAGGUUGCCUUACAUUUCAAUCGGAGAUAUUUGACCGGUCAUUGGAUGAUAUACAUCUCAGAUUUUGUCAAUUUAUUACCACAGCUUUCCUCCAGGCAUUGGCUUGGGGUCAACUGGCACUGGUUUCAGCUGCAAGUGAAGGAUUUGUUGGUCUUAUAGCGUGUGUUCUCCUAAGCAACCUUGGAGCUUCCAUUACAGAAGUUGCCAAGGAUGCCCUAGUGGCAGAAUAUGGUCAGCAAAACAGAAUUCCUGGUCUUCAGUCUUAUGCAUUUAUGGCAUCUGCUGCCGGUGGGAUUCUUGCAAACUCACUAGGAGGAUAUAUCUUACUGAAAACAAAGCAACCUAAACUCAUGUUUCUUUUCUUUUCUGCUUUACUCGCCGUCCAAUUGGUUUUGUCUUUGGCGGUAAGGGAGAAAACUCUUGGUUUGCCUCAACCAUUAAAAUAUGCGCCUGGUUUGACAAUAAGAGAACAAUCAAUCGCCAGAAGUAUCAAAAAACAAUAUCUUGACCUCAUGGUUUGUAUUAGAGAAGAAAGGAUAUAUCACCCCCUGAUGUGGUUUGUGGCAUCAACUUUGAUUGUCCCGGUUCUAUCAGGCUCUGUCUUCUGCUACCAAACCCAGUGUCUUAAUCUUAAUCCUUCAACCAUUGGGAUGUCAAAAGUUACUGGCCAGUUGGUGCUUCUUUCUAUUACUGUCCUCUAUGAUAGAGUAUGGAAAGAUACUCCAAUAAAAAAAUUAAGCAGCAUUAUUCAAAUCCUAUAUGCUGUUUCACUUCUUCUUGAUUUCAUGCUCGUGAAACAAAUUAAUCUCAAAAUGGGUAUUUCCAGUGAAGCUUUUGUGCUCUGCUUUUCGGGAAUUGCAGAGGUCAUAGCCACAUUCAAGCUUUUGCCAUUUUCUAUUCUUUUUGCAAGAUUAGCACCAUUGGGUUGUGAAGGGUCACUAUUGUCUUUCUUAGCAUCAGCUUUCUAUUUCUCCUCAAUAGUUAGUGGGUAUUUGGGUGUUGGAUUGGCGUCUUUUCUUGGGAUAACAUCUGGCGAUUACUCAAGCCUUCCUGUUGGGAUAAUAAUCCAGUUUAUGGCGGCAUUAGUGCCCCUUGGUCUGCUUAACUUUUUGCCAAAUUCACAGUCUUCAACCGAAAAGGAAAGAUAGAGGUAGGGAUACAAGGACAAGAAGAAAUGGGAGAGGUUAAAGAGACGAUAUGCCAAUCUGGUUUGCAGAGAUAAGUUCUAUUAUUAAUACAGUCUAGUUUAUUCAUUGUCCGUUCUUUUUUAGAUGAGAAGAUACACUCCAAAGUCCAUACCUUUUUUUCAAGAUAGAAAGAAUAGAAAAUUCCUUAAAUAGGACUAAAACAUACACAAAGUGCACAAAAAGAAUCACCGUUAUCUUCUUCCUAAAAUAGAAUUCACUCACUCCUAAUUGGGGAAGUUUUAUACUUGUAAUAAGAUCAAAGAAGCCCCUUUUUGGGAAUAAAACAUAAUUAGCCCUUUUUAUGCACUUUAUCUAAGUUUUAGUCCUAUUUACAGCCUUUUGUUUAGAAUGAAAUAUUGAAGGUGCUGUUUUUUUGCAACCAUACAUGUUUUGUACUUUUGUCGUGUAAAAAUUCCUCCAAAUUAUAGCUUGAUAAGAACCUUCUUUGAUUUAUAAAAUAAUGAUCAUCAAAAUAUGACAGUUAUAAUUUUUCAUUUCCUUUCAAGAUCAGUUGAAAGAAACUGUUUUACUCUUAUUCAUUUUUUUGGGUGGAAAACAGCAAGUUUGUUAAUGUUCAAAAGCAGGUACAAGAUGUAGGGGGCAUAAACUAAGGCAUAUAGCCAACCCCUUUAAAGAGGCAUACCCCAAAGUAUGCAAAGAUUUUAAUUUUUAACCAUCGGGUAGAGGGGGGGCACCUAAUACCAAAAAAAAUUAGGGCUUUGAAUCUUAUCCAUCACAGGAUGUCCUCAUGUCAGAGGCUUCAACCAUAGAGAAUGAAGUGAAGAUUUAAAUUAAGUGAUUAUUACUAACAAACAGUGGGAAAGUAGUAUAAUAAUCGGAGGAUUAGGUGAUGAAACCAAAAGUUGAAACAAACUGGAUAUGAUUUUGAAAGGAAAAAAAAACUCUCUAAAUAAACUACAAAAUUUCUGAUCAAUCAUCUGGGAAAAGUUCUUCCUUGAGUGAAGGGGCAAUCCAUUGGAUUUGGAUAUAUGUCAUCUCCCAUAGAUCAUCAUCUUCUUUCUGAACAAGAAUCUGACUUUCCUUCAUCGCGAGAACCAUUUUCUUUAGUAGUUCUGGGAUAGUUUCCACCAAUUUUGAUUCCCCAUACAUUCCCAAAUCAGCCUUCAUGCAUGUAUCCAUUCUCCUCAAGAUCCCCAUCCAAAAACCCCUCAUAUCAGCACACUCCGAUAUUUGUUUCAAGUACAUCAGGUAAACAUCUGUCAACACCUCCAUUGAUAGCUUCAGAGUCCCUUCCAUUCCCCGGGUUUCCCUCUCUGCGUUCUCCCUCUUCGAAUACUCCAACAUCUUUUCAUGCAAGUCAUCAACCAUAGAGAACAGAACAAGCUUAAUGCAACUGACGAUGAUGGGCGGGGUAAAGCAUAGCUCUUCUGCUAACGCAAAACUCUUCUGCAGAGAUAUGAUGGAGUGGUUUCUGAUCUCUUCUCUUCUUGAUAAGCUUGUCUUUCUGAAUGCUUCCCCUAGCUUGAUGAAACAAGUGGUUGUGAAGUUGGGAGAGGAAGACAUAGCUUUGUCAUCAUUAUCUGGAUCACCAUUUCCUCCACUUCUGCUCCAAUUUACCAGCAAAGUGACUGUAUUUGUCAUCAAGUCCAUGAUUUUGAGGUUCUUUUCCAAGGAACUGUUCUUUAGUGCAACAAAUCCAAAUGCUGCUUCUAUGCAGAAAGGGUAGUUUGACCUUGAGAUGUUGUGGGACCCGUCCGACAUCAGAUUGAUGAUUGCCUCGACUUUCUGCUCAUACAUUUCCGGAUGUCUGCCUGAGACAGACAACAAAUGUAGGACGGAUUUCCACCCCAUAAGUGUUUGUAAAUUUGCUGCGUAUUCAUUUAAGAUUGUGGUUACUGAUUGUACUAUGAACUCUGAGCAUGUGUCUAGGAUUUCCUUAUCUAAUUUCAACAUGAGAUUUAUGGACUUGAAGAUUAGUUCCUCAGGGGCUUUGUCUUCUUGGGGUGAGGACAGAAGUUUGAGGCAGAUCUUCAUUAAGGCUAACAUUGCCUUUUCUGCAAAGGGGAUUGGUGAAAACAGGGGGAAUUGUGCAACAUCUAGUAAAUAUUCAUGGUAAUGAGGCCAAAAUGUGGCAAUUCUAUGGAUGUUUGAAGAAGAUAUGGCGGCGAUCAAAUCCCAACAAAACCCAACGGUUUCUUCCUCCUCAAUUGCAGUACUAAAUUUCUGGCCUUUUCCCGCUGCAGAAAAAAUGAGCGAACGCCCUAGACUUUGAACGGUCUCUUCGGGCAGAGAUGAACUUGUGUUGAAAAUGUUUCCUAUUCGGCACUGAUUGAUAAUCUUUAUGUUGUUUUCGAACUCACUCACUCCGAGGUUCAGAGACUCUUCCACAUUUUCCAUGGAUAAAAACUGUGAGAAUCUUCCCAUUAGACCACUGGAUGCUCUUGAACCGGACCUCUCAUGUCUUGACCUGUCAGAGGAGGGGGUUUCUGGUUCAACGAAAACAGAUUGUGGGAGAAGUUUUAGCCUCUUGAGUUUCAAUAGGCAAUCCACUAUGGUCCUCCAACCUCCUCUGAUGAAGUUCUUGAAACUGUUUGCAACUGUGAAAACCGCUAGGGUGGCCAUCCUCGGCUUCAUAUCAUUGCUGAAAGUGUACAGUGUUUCUUCUGACGAUGCAUAAGGGUUUAAGAGUGUGGUAAAUUUGCAGAAAGUGCAGACGAGCUCGUCCAGUGUGUCCUCUAACCCGUACUGACAUAUUCUAGCUAUGGAGAAUAGUGCUUCAAUGCAUUCAUGGAGGACUUCUUCUACGUCGCCCUGUUCGAAAAUUGCUGCUAAGGUGGCCACUGUGGGGCCCGCAAUGGAAGCAAAGAGAUCUCUUCCCAGACGACGGUCGAAAUCGCACAUUAUGUAUGGAUUCAUGCUCUUUGAUCUGUUUAUCAGCUGAACCCAUUGGUUCGGAUUCAUUUCAGGCAUGGAAUAGGAAGAUUCAAAGACGAUGGCCUUUGUUGAAAUGGAAUGGAAAAGCUCGGAGAGGUAUUCUCUGGGAAGAUCUUGACCGGCAUUGAUAGCUCUGUUGUUCUUUAUGAAUUCAUCCUCUGUCAUCUUCUUUUUCACCUGAGGAUUAUGUUGAUCAGUGUUGAGCAUGAUGACAGAAUAACAGAGGACCAGAACAGCAUCUUUCCCGUAAAAGAAUUCUGACGAUUGUUGAUCGUAAAACCUCUCAGCAAAUGCUUCCAGCACUCUCUGAAUCUUCUGUGAUUCUCCUGGCAACCUGAAUGAUUCCAAGAAGGUUCUCAAAGCAUUGUCCAGAACCAUUCCAGUGAACUCGAACGUGUCAGUGAACUCCUUGAGGACUUUAAGGUGGAAGUCAUCAGGAUCUCCUAGAAACUCUCCAAUUAAAACCUUGUCCAGUUUCGGGGUGUACCGGAAAAAUGCAGCAUAGGCUUUUGGGUCGGGUGGAUCUGACACCAGCCCCGAAUAUUUCAGGAAUCUACUAAGCCUAGAUCCUUUUCUUCCUCCCAAAAAGGUAUGCACUCCAUGAUCUCAACCGGAUAUGGCCCGGAAGGAGUGGGAUCGUCUUCUUUGUCAAUGUUCUCUGCAAUGUUGUGGAUGACGGUUAUCAGGCCCUCAAAGGCUUGGAGUUGCAAACUAGUGAGAGCAGGACCUGAAGGGUAUGCAUGCUUGCAGAGGAGCUUUCCAGUGUCCUCAAACACAUUUCUGAAAGUCGGGUCGCAAUCGUAAUUCACAUAAGCUUCCACUACAAAUGUGGGCUGCCUGCAAAAAUUUACCAGCCCUUCUACAGCCACUUCUUGGAGGGCUACAGAGUUGGCAAUGCUCGCCGCUUUAAACAGCACAAAUGAGAAGAAUGCUUCCAGUUGAAGGCGCAUCGACCUGAGAAGUGGAUUCAUUAAUUAAUAAAGCUGCGUUUGGCCAUCAAAGAAAAAAAAAUCACUCGUGGAUCAACUCUUCUUAAAUUCCAAAGUAUAAAAAUUCUUCAAAUAUUACUAGUAAUAAUUAACUAUCAAUAGGAUAUCAUUCAUUUUAAUAUCAACAUGAAACUGAGCAAUUGACAGUUAGUAGUUGAAUAGAUGACAUUUAUGUCUUCAAAUUUAAAAUUAACAUUUUUUCCCCUAUGCAUACUCAAUUUCUUAUAUUUAAUAAAAACCCAUCUAAAAUCUCUAAUAGUGUAAUCUUAAUAGUACACCACCGUUCU